CCGUGACGGGGAUCCCCGCGGAGCCACGCGGGGAUCGGGGGAAAUUGCCACCCCUAUGCAGGACAACGAGAAUGCUAUGAAUGAAAAGAGGGUGGGCUCAUCAAUUGGGCUGAUUUCAACAAAGCCCAAUGGUGAUGCAGUUCAUGUUUCGGACCAUGAAAGGGUACAAGAAACCCAAGAUCAUGAGUUGGGCCAAAGAGAUAAGGAAUAGGCAGUGGAUGAGGUUUCAAAGCACACCGGGUAGAAUAAGUUAUUCGAAGGAACUGAUGCAGAAAAUCAACAUGGUGCUUUUUGGAAAAAUAUUGAUAGCCAUUCGGGAGCAAUAUGAAUGGAUGAGAGAAGGCGAAAGAAGGGAAGCAAAAAAGAGGAGCAGAAAAGCAAGAUCGUGUGCUGUAGUUUACAAGGAUGCCAAGGUGAUUCAAUCAAGAACAAGAAAGAGGAAUCAUAAAAGAUCGAGGAAGAAGAUAGCCCCGAACCUAGAAAUACCCGAAUUUUUCCCAACUUCAAGUAACCAUGUAGCUGGGGAAUCAUUGGAAGACAGCAACAUUAACAAUUGCAACAAAGGGAUUUUGGCUAAGGAGAAGCUUUUUGGGGCCAAGGAAAUAUGGGAAUUUGCAAAAGCAUUGGAGGUAGAAUUAAGGCAAAAGAUGCAAACCCAGAAUGAUAUGUUGAAAGAGAAGGCUAGAAAGAAGUGGGUCAAAGAGGGAGAUGCUAACACCAAGUUUUUUCACCAAAGUAUUAGGAGCUCGUGGUGCAAAAAUGAAAUUAACUAUUUGGAAAUUGAUGGGAAACAAAUACAGAAUGUAGAAGAAUUGAAAGAAGGGCUUGCAGCUUAUUUCGAAAAGCUAUUCUCUGAAGAAGGAGGUGCACAACCGAGGCUUGAUGGUGUCAGUUUUAGGAAGUGUUCACAAAGUGAUAACAACAUGUUGAUUGCUCCUUUCUCAAUGGAAGAAGUUAAAGACACAGUGUGGGGUUGUGAUGAGUCAAAGGCCCUAGGACCGAACGGUUUUAAUUUUAAGUUCCUACAGGAGAUAUGGGAAACCACGAAGGAAGAUGUAUGUAAUUUUGCAGUAAAGUUUCAUAGAACAGGGAAAUUGGUGAAAGGUUUGAAUGUUUCUUUUAUUGUGCUAAUCCCCAAGAAAGAAAACCCCGUUAAGAUCGAGGAGGAUAGACCAAUUUCUUUAAUCGGUUGCAUGUAUAAGUUAAUCUCAAAGAUACUAGCUAAUAGAUUGAGGCUAUUGUUGGAUAAAUUAAUCAAUGAAGUCCAAUCUGCAUUCGUGAAGGGAAGAUUAUUGAUUGAUAGUGUGGUUAUUACAAAUGAAACCAUUGAUGAGAUCAAGAAAAAGGGGAGAAGAAGUUUUGUCUUCAAGGUUGAUUUUGAGAAAGCGGAUGACAAUGUUUGUUGGGAUUUUUUAGAGUAUAUGCUGAUUCGAACAGGCUUUGGUGCAGUGUGGAGGAAUUGGAUCAAGGAAUGCUCGAGAACAAGCUCAAUUUCGAUUCUUCUAAAUGGCAGUGCAACUAGGGAAUUCAACGUGAGUAAAGGGAGACGAAUUGGGAGGGGAAGUUUAAAAAUUUCUCAUCUUCAAUAUGCUGAUGAUACUAUACUGUUUGGAGAGGCAUUUGAAGCAAACAUUAAGGGAAGUGCAAAGCAUGGCAUUAUUCUUGAACUGCAAAAUUGGGGAGCUGCCAAUGAAAUAUCUGGGUAUGCCUCUUGGAGCUGCUGUGAGAAGAAUUGAUGGAAACCUCAAACAAUAGUGUUAUCCUCCAGAAAUGCUGGAAUACUUGGGUACCUAGCAAGUGCUUGUCCUGGUGGGGAGUCAAACAUGUUAUGCAAGGCAACUGCAAGGCUGCUUUUCUGCAACAUCAUGGAGUGUUUACUCGCAAUAGAUGCUGGGAGAGUGGUGUCAAAAUCCAAGGCAAUGCGUGGUAUCCAGGAAGAAGGUUCUACAGACUUAUUUCAAGCAAGGUUGUAAUUAUGUAAGCGGGGGGAGGAAAACUGUCCUAUCGUUUUGUAUUGUGCACAUGAGUUGAGUGUCCUUGUACUCUCUUUUCAAUAAUAUUGAUGUUUUGCU